AAGAGGAAAGAUCAGACGACGCGAAAAUCUUAACAUAGCUCUACGCCUUUGCUCUCCCACACAAUGCUGCGCUUGCUUCUUGUUGCUGCCGUGCUGUUCUGCUGUUCCGAGGCGCUGAUCGACCUGACUGACGACACGCUAGACAAGUGUUAUACUAGUCUCGACCCCGAGUACAUUCCACCAGACGACAUUGUCGCUAAAAAGAUGGCCAAAAAUCUGCUCCGUCUCCGCCCUCCAGGCCGUCGCCAGUACGCCGCGCCGCGCCGCCCGACGGACGUGAUCCUAGUGGUGGACUCCUCAAACUCCCUACGCAGGCGUGAAUUUCACCGCGGCUUGCGCGCGCUCGAAUGGCUCAUCAACAGAGGCUCGUACAACACGCAUUACGCAGGGAUAGUCUUCUCUUUCGGUGCCAGCGUUGCGUUUCCUUUCCUUCCUCCAGAUAUCGCAAAACGUCUUGUGCGGAAAAUCCCAUUCGAGGCGGGUCGCACCAAUACCCAGCUCGCGCUCAGCAAGGCUUUAGUCGACCUUCUCCAGAACAAUCGAUCAAACGUGCGCCCGAAUUCCAUAAAGAAAGUAGUCAUUCUCUCUGAUGGACAAUCCAAUAUUGAACCAGAGAAGACGCUGUAUAACGGGUUUAAGUUGAAGAUGCUGGGCGCCGAGGUGUUUGUGAUUGCUGUGGGCAAGAAGUUGACCGGUUUGCCAGAGUUGAUGAGCCUUGCAAGCACUACGAACGGGCAUCUGUUCCGCGUCCAGUCCAUGACGGGGCUCUUGCACGUGGUAAGACUGAUCCCAAGGCCCGAGCAGGUCCGAGACAUGGACAUGUCCUGGUACAGAAAGCUGCUUGCGGCGAGGGAGAAACAGCUCGCUUCCCACAAGAAGCCGGGGGACACAUAGUUGGCAAGCACCGACGUGCCUUACGCAAAUAUUUGGGCGUCGCAAAAAGACCGAAAAAAGGGGGAAAAUUUGGGAAAUAUGACGACGGAACUCUUCAGCAUUUUAUUGAAAAAUUAUAACAAUAACACUACCCUGCAUAUAGCCAUUCUGCAAGCACCAAAUUUUAAAAGAAAAACGGAAAAGGAGUAUCCGAAAAACGAAAGAACUAUAUCAAAUGACAAUUCAUUAAGAGUAUUUUUGCUCGAUGGAACUGUGAGAAAGUUUAAGUAGGUUCCCACUGAGCAGUCACACACUGCGUGGUCUAGCGUUGCACCGAGAAACAUUGGAGGUGAUUCAAAGUCCAUAAUGCUUCCAUACACAUAAAAGUAAUAGAAAAUAUUAUAGAAACUCCAUGAGGAGAUGACUGCGAAUUUGAACAAUUCUGCGACGAGUUAGACGUUCCCCAGACUAAUUAGCAAACGAAAUGUAAAUAUACUGUAAAUUCAAUAUCGAGUACAGAGCUCUAUAUGAACUACAUUUAUAUGGCACAGGGUGCCAAAGAUAACAAAUAAAUUAUACAUCCCAAACUACAAA